UUUUUCCACCCUCACUGAAGGUCAAAAGCCCAAAGAGGGCAAAAGGAUGCGUGAAGUUUUGGUUGUAUCAUUUCUGUGCACGAGAACUUCCUUUCUGCUCUAGUUUUAUUUUCUGGAGCUGGGGAUGCAAGUGGGGAUGUGCUUGGUACAGCAGGACAUACAUCCUAUGAAUAAGGGAGAGGAUGUUUUUCCCUUGAGACUUAGUUGGCAGGAGCGGUAGCUGCCUUGGCAGAGCCGGUGCAUAAAGGUUGGUUGUUUCACCGUAAGCGCACCAGGUAACAAGUUUUAAAACAGUGGCUGGGGAGACAGGGCAAAUUUACUGUGUGAGUGAGCAGGUGAGGUGGAAUAGCGCGAAGUUUGCAGAGCAGAGAGAGGUCAGGCUGGUGGGAUGAAGGAGUGAACGGGAGCAGGUUUGCUAUAGUGUGGAAUAAAUGGGCGGUGAGGGAGCAGUAGGAGGGCAGUUGAACAGAGUGGGAGCAGCAGUGGGAAGUCUUUUGUAAAGUGGUGCGUGCAAUAGCUGGUGCAUUGUGUGAGGCUGGGAAAGGUGGGAAAGGCACUCAACUUGGGGGUGGCAGCUACCGGGGAGGUGCACUUUUGUUUUGUACAUCCAGAAUGGGGCGGGGGUGGUAAUGAGAGGCUGAAAAUAGGCAGCGAAGGGGACAGGAACGGCAAUAAACAGAGAGAGGAUGGCAGCGCGUAGCCCGCUAUUUAAAGCAACGAGUGACAUAGAGGGUGACAGGGAGGUAUGUAGCAGGUAGCGAAUGGUUUGGGGGUGGCAGUGGCAAACCAAAGGUCCACAUAGUUCAGUUCUUACAAUAAAGUCGUGGUUUGCCAGGCAAAGGCAAGGUAGAGAAAGCAAGGAGGCAACGUUUGUGCUAAGGCCAAGCCCUGUCCAUCCCACACUAGGCACCGGUGGCCCUGGCCCCUGGGGCUGUGGUGACCCGGUUGCGACUGGGGCGCUGGCGAGGCUGUUGUUGGCCGGCUGUCGUGGGGCUGCUGUUGCCCGGGGUGGCGGGGUUUCAGCUCCCCGCCCUGGGAAAGCGAGAGCUGCAGAUGCGUGGAGGAAAGGGGCCGCGGUCUGCAACGGGACCCAGCCCGGAGGCUGAGCAGUGGGUGAGAGCUCCGCACCCUCCAGCUACACCAAAAGUGGACGCUUGCGGGUGAGCGCCCUCACGAGCCGGGCGCGGGUGAUGCUCCUUGGUGCCGCUUUCCAAAGCCCCGGCCAUGCCCAGCCCUGGCCAUGCCCGGCCCCGGUAAGGGUCUCCCCUGUCCCCGGGGCCUGCCCGCUGUCCCCGCGGCUGCCGGUGCGGGGCGGGCUGCCGGCGGGGCCAGGGCCGUCCCGGCUGACCCGGCGAGGUGCAGGGAGGCGCCGGUGUGGCAGGGCACGCCGCCGGGCCGUCGUUGGCGAGCGGGCCGAGGCGGGGACGCGGCGGUGGCCGUUUUGCUGCUCCGGGCGCGUCGGCCCGCCGGUCCCGCAGGUGGCGGCGGAAGUGACGGCCGGCGCGGGGUGCCUGUGGCGGGGGAAGAUGGCGCCUGCGGCCGUGCGAGGCAGCGCAGAAGCCCCCCGGCGCCUCCCCCCGCCGCUGCCGCCCCCGGCUUUAUGUUACACAGAGGGCCCCCUCUCCGCCGGUCCAGCGGGAGGAGCCGCGUCUUCAGCGCCGCCGCUGCCGAGAGAAGAAGAAUAAUAGGGGAGCCAUAACGCUGUUACUGGAUAAAAGAGCAGAACUACUGAAGUCUGGCUUCCUGUUGACUUCUUUGUUGUGUGUACUCGUCCCUAAGAUAAUAACCCAGCUCUUUUGCUGCCAUUGCCCCAGUUCACACUCAGAUCCCCCCAGCAUACCACCAUGUGCCAAUAUCCUUUCUUUUUCCUUCCAACGCCUAGCCAAUGUGUUUAAUUUCUGCCACAUGUCCUAUAAACUUUCCCAGUGCCACUCAUCUCCUUUCACUUUCCUUAAUUAUACCCUCUGCCUGGUUUGGACCUACAUGUGAUGAUUUGCCUUUUAGCAAAGCAAAGCAGAACAGGUGAUUCAUGGCAGGGGACGUGGAAGGGUUUAGCUCCUCCAUCCAUGACACCAGUGUCUCUGCUGGAUUCAGAGCACUGUAUGAGGAGGGAUUGCUUCUUGAUGUCACACUUGUCAUUGAAGACCACCAAUUUCAGGCCCAUAAAGCACUGCUUGCCACCCAGAGUGAUUACUUCAGGAUUAUGUUCACAGCUGAUAUGCGAGAACGAGAUCAGGACAAAAUCCAUUUGAAAGGUCUGACAGCUACAGGCUUCAGUCAUGUCCUGCAAUUCAUGUACUAUGGAACUAUUGAACUGAGUAUGAACACUGUUCAUGAAAUCCUUCAGGCUGCCAUGUAUGUCCAGCUUAUAGAGGUGGUAAAAUUUUGCUGCUCUUUUCUCUUAGCUAAAAUCUGCUUAGAAAACUGUGCAGAAAUUAUGAGACUUCUGGAUGAUUUUGGUGUAAACAUCGAAGGAGUCAGGGAAAAACUGGACUCCUUUCUGCUAGAGAAUUUUGUGCCGCUCAUGUCCAGACCUGACUUCCUUUCAUAUCUGAGCUUUGAGAAGCUCAUGUCUUACUUGGAUAAUGAUCAUCUGAGCAGGUUUCCAGAGAUAGAGCUGUAUGAAGCUGUUCAGGCCUGGCUGCGCCAUGAUAGAAGACGCUGGAGGCAUACGGACACCAUCAUUCAGAACAUCAGGUUUUGUUUGAUGACACCAUCCAGUGUUUUUGAGAAGGUAAAAACAUCAGAGUUUUAUCGAUACUCCCGGCAGCUGCGACAUGAGGUUGACCAAGCCAUGAAUUACUUUCAUAGCAUUCACCAACAGCCUUUGAUGGAAAUGAAAUCGAACAAAAUUCGUUCUGCCAAACCCCAGACUGCAGUAUUUAGAGGAAUGAUAGGACACAGUAUGGUAAACAGUAAAAUUCUUCUCUUGCACAAACCAAGGGUCUGGUGGGAACUAGAGGGCCCUCAAGUACCUUUACGACCAGACUGCCUUGCCAUUGUGAAUAACUUUGUGUUCCUAUUAGGUGGGGAAGAACUGGGGCCAGAUGGUGAGUUUCACGCUUCAUCCAAAGUAUUUAGAUAUGACCCAAGACAGAACACUUGGUUACGAAUGGCAGACAUGUCUGUCCCACGUUCUGAGUUUGCUGUUGGAGUUAUUGGGAGGUAUGUUUAUGCAGUGGCUGGGAGAACCAGGGAUGAAACGUUUUACUCAACUGAACGGUAUGAUAUUACUGAAGAUAAAUGGGAAUUUGUGGAUCCCUAUCCAGUCAAUAAAUACGGACAUGAAGGGACUGUGCUUGGUAACAAGUUGUAUAUCACUGGUGGAAUUACAUCAUCUUCAACUUCUAAGCAAGUGUGUGUGUUUGAUCCCAGUAAAGAAGGGACAGUAGAGCAGCGAACAAGGAGAACUCAAGUGGUCACUAACUGUUGGGAGAACAAAUGCAAAAUGAAUUAUGCAAGAUGCUUUCACAAAAUGAUUUCUUAUAAUGGUAAGCUUUAUGUCUUUGGUGGUGUCUGUGUGAUCCUAAGGGCCUCCUUUGAAUCUCAAGGAUGUCCUUCUACAGAGGUUUAUGACCCAGAUACUGACCAGUGGACUAUAUUGGCAUCUAUGCCAAUUGGUAGGAGUGGUCAUGGUGUAGCUGUUCUGGACAAACAGAUAAUGGUUCUUGGAGGCCUUUGUUACAAUGGUCAUUACAGUGAUUCGAUUCUCACCUUUGAUCCAGAGGAAAACAAAUGGAAAGAAGAUGAAUAUCCGAGGAUGCCUUGCAAGCUGGAUGGCUUACAAGUCUGCAGCUUGCACUUUCCUGAAUAUGUUCUGGAGCAUGUUAGACGUUGCAGCUAAAACAGAAUGAACAACUCAAUGAAAUACAAAAAGCUAUACCUAAUUUGUCAAAAAACACAAACCGGUUGAACUCCUUCGGAGACAUUAUCUUGUGUAUAAGGACAACUGCUAAAUGCUUAAGAGAAACAGGAUGUACAGGGAGACUACUUACCAAGUUUAUUAGAAAAGCUAAUAGUUGGUCUGAUAUUGUAAAAGCUUUGGUUUUGUUUUUUGUUUUUAACAAGCAUAAUUGUAAGUAGGGGAAAGAAAAAAUAUUUUUAAGUGUGGGGGGUUUUUUUUGUAACAUUUUAUGUCCAUAAUAUUUUUUUUUUAAAUGGCCAUCAUACCACUAAGCUUCUGAAAUCAGCUGAGUUUAACAAAAUAUUUGGGGAGGGAAGAAAGACUUCAUUUUCAUUUUUAUUGAGCAUCAAAAUAAAGCUCAUCUGUACUAGGAUACAACCAGGUUUUAAAAGAACAAAACUAAACUGUUUCUGUAUUUUAUGUUGUCUUUUGCAUGCUUUUCCCAUUAAUUGCAAAGUAGUCUCAAAACUGCUGGGUGUUUUUGUUUUCCCUUAUAUACAUUGAAGAAUAAUCUUAAGCCCUUUGCAUGACCUUUUUCCUGGUUUUGUAUAGUAGUACCAGUAAGUCUGCCAAAAUGCAAAUUACACAUUUUCUACUAAAUUGAAAACGAAACAUUUUUAUAUUCAAAACACUAUUUCUAUGCUGCCUUCUAUUGUCUGCAUUGAGUUUGUUGGUGAGUAAAAAACACAUACACAUGCAUACACUGUAACAACUCUCUAUAAAUACAUCUUUUUAUGUGCAGUUACAAUAUUAUAUUUUAACUAGUGCACAGAUUCAGCCAUAUCUGUUGAAUUUAAGGUAUAGUACUAUCCUUUAAUGAGCUAAAUAAUUUUAAGUUCUUGAGUAACUGGAGGCCUCGUUUGGUAUCAAAGUAUCUUAUCUUUAGUAUAUACUGAUUGAUUCAGUAACUUUAAACUCUUUAUAUCGAUCCUACAUAAUGAACUGUUGAUCAUUUGUUAUUUUAUAAAUUAUUUUUUAAAAAGUAAACACAUCUUACCUGAGUUUCUUUUAUGUUUGAAUGUGCUGCCCAGUCGUCUCUUUUAUGAAAAUGGAAAAUGUCAAUAAGCAAAUGCUCAGCACUGCUUUGACCCACAGUUAUUUUUGGAACUGGAUAAAUUACAGUUUAUUCUCAGUACUUUGCUUGUACUCAUACUUCAAUACAAGUAUUUUGUUGUACUUGUACUGAAGUGGUAGAAUAUUUUUUUAUAUUAUUUUAAUUAUUGACGGCUAUGAACUACUGUGUUUUGAAAAUAGGGAGUUAGGUGGCUGGAUGGUUAGUACCAUUUAUGUUCCUUUCACAAAAAAACCUACACAACUAUGGCUACUGACCUCGGAGUGCCUGAAUCAAGAUGUGUUGUCCAAGAGGGCUUUGAAUAACUGCAUUGUCUUAACUCGCAGGUAUUACUGACAGUAGAUUGGUAAAAAUUAUCUGCCAAUACAUUAAUAAUAACAGUAAUUACAUUCUGAUUAUAUUUAAUGAUAUGAAAUUAGCCACUUCUAGAAUCUGGAGGAGAAGUUUGGAGAAGUUAAGGCUCACGCUUAGUUCGGAUGUGUAGGGGCAAAAUGCUGAAAUGUGCACCUGCAUAUUUUGUAAAAUCUUACGCUGCUGUGUUUCACUUUGAGCAGUAGACUUGACUUUAUAUGCAGCAAUGCAAAACCACUUUAUUCAAUAUCUUCCAGUCAGAAAUCACUGUAGAAAAGGAAUGUAUAGUACUCAGGGAGUUCAAAAGAAUGCACUUAAAAGGGACCAAAAUCACCCUAAAUUUCCUAUGUUAAAAAUAACACCUACUUGCCUAAACUAAGUUUGAGAUAACUGACGGAAGUUAAAAUAACAUGUAAAGCUCCUCAUACUUGUAUUUUGACAUUUUUUUAGUAAUUAUGUUCUGGGUUGAGAUGUGAGGAUUUGGAGCUAUAUGGCAAGUUGGCAGAUUUUUUUUUUAAAUUAGAAAUGAUUUAUUGAUGGAGUAUUUUCUUUCCAUAUGUUUUAACAGAAAGAGAGAAUGUACGCCAUCAUAGCUGUAGUGGUUAAGUUGCUUACACCAGUAGUGACUGGACCAAAUGUUGAUUCAGCCUUCUGAUGCAGACUGGUUUUCAGUUAAAUUCAAGUCUGUUUUUAAAUAAAAAUUCAGUUUACUGAAUUGGAAAUCUAAUUUACUUUCUGAAUAGCUUACCUUAAAGCCAGCACGGCUUACGCUAAAACCUCAGUUUCACUGUGAGACUUGUGUGUACAUUACCCUGCGUGGGUAGGGAGAUAAACCGACUCCAGUAGGUGCUGGCUGUGCACAAGUAAAAAGGUUCUGCUGUACAUAGUUAAUGGAAUAUUGGGACACAAGAAGAAAACCAAGGGUUUUUUAAAUUGUUGUAUUGCUUUUGUCACCAGCUCAUUUCUCAAUAAGUUUAUGGGGCAGCAAAAACGAAUCCUGCCUGAGAAGGCUUUUGUGGGCAUGUUGCGUAUAGUACAGAGUAUUUCACUUUUAUCUAGGGCCAGCCUGGGGAAUGGACAUGGUUCUGGAUAUCUGGUCUUCCAUGAUUCAGGUGUAGUAAAGAGACAUGGCCAAGACUUUAUUAAAAAUAAUGGUAAGGAUGAGGGUGUCUCAAGUUAUGUUUUUGAGUCUGCAUUUAAGCAACUGCUGCUAAAGUCAUUGGUGAGUAUUGACACUUGAAACAUGAAGAACCAGAUCAUUUUUAGGUGCUCUGCUUUUAAGUUCGUAUGUAUCUUCAGGCACCCAGUUCUGAAAGAUCUUGUUCAGGACGGUGGUAGUAAUUAUUCUGUGAAGUUCUAACUUGAACUGUUGGUUUCAGCUUCCCUGAAGUUGUGUGUCCGUUGAGAAGCUGGCUGUAACCUUUUGACCAUUAGGUAUGAUUGGAAUUUGCUUGGGUUUAGAACAUGGGGGUAUGUGAGAAUGUUUUGUUCAUUUACAUUUCUACUGUGCUUUUAUUUUUUCAAACAUGAAAUAUAAAAUUAGCUUAUUCUCUUCUCCAUUGCCAUGGAACUUUUGAGGCAGUUAUUUUUUGUUACUUUACAUAUCAGGGGUAUUUUCUUUCGUUUUUUCUAAACUGAAAGUUUCUGUUUGUGUUUGCUUUUAGUAUUUAGCUCCAGAUAAUCUAGUGUUUAAAUAGAAACAAAAAUUACUGGCUAAGAAUUGCCUAUUACUGUCAAAUUUAAAGUAGUAUAAUCAGAUUAAUACGACUUUUAAAAACAUUUAAAUGCCUCUCAUUUGUCAAGGAAAAGGUAAGUUAUGAUCUUUGAUUAGUUAAGUUUGGGUGUGUUUCUUCUAUUCCCACCCCAACCAUAAUGGAAUACCAGCAAAUCUGAUCUCACCCGCAUAUUUAAAAUUUAACAUAUGACCUUCUUUUAAACAGCAAGUAUACUUGCGUUUUCUUAACAAGGUGGACAUGGUGAGUUACAGCCUAGGGUUUUUUUCCCCCCAUGUUUAUAGCAAAAAUGUAUCAGCUUCACGUCUUAGUCUAGCAACUAGCUGCAGGAGGAAAUUUUGUUUUCAGAAGAGCCAGAAUGGACAAAAAGCACAGUGCUCCUCUAAAGGAGUUGGAUGUUGCCAAUUCCCAUUCCGCAUGCUGCUAUAUCUGUUUUUAGGGGACAGAUAACUUUCCUCAAAGAACUGCAUAAGGAAGAAAUAGCUCAUUUUUCCCCACAAAGUGUUGGUAGCAGUUUCAUAGUGGGAAGUAUUAAGUGGCAAAAAAUCCUUCUGAAAUGUUCUUCUGCAUUGAUUCAGCUGGAGGAAGGCAUGACUUGAUUUUACAAAGGCUCUGCUGUUUCAGUAAGCACUGCUAGCAAGAGGGGCUAGUGGCAGCAUGUGAGCUACCUGGCAACCUGCUUUUAUGCUACUUUCUUUUUGAAAAGUGCGGUUGCCCUACUUUCUGCAGUAUGAUGGCAAUCCUGUUGUAACUGGCUCUAAGGGUUUGUGACUUCAAUAUUUCUCUGUUUUCUGAGAUUUGCAGCCAUUUUUUCUUGAGGACCUCCUGCCUUAUAAACCCAAGUGCUGCGUUUUUUUCAUGCUGAUAAUAUGAUAUCAUCCCUUACAUCAGGGACGAAGCUUCACUUGACACUCAGGAAGCAAAGGAUAAAAUUCAGCAGGUACAAAUUCCAAUUGGUUUAAAAAGAAAAACAUUGCUUAACUCAUUAUGUCCAUUCUUUUGCAAAAGGAGGGUAAGUGUUAUGGGGAGAUGCUAACAGCUCUUUAAAAAUAAACUUCAGGCUUGUGCCAGCAUUUAUAUGACAAAGCCUUUUUAGAAAUAGUUGCAUUUAUACAGGUAUUUUGCCUUUUUAAUACUUCUUUUCCUUAAAAAAAAAAAAGUGAAUCAGGCCCCUGAUUCUUUUAACACUUCAAAUGUGUACUUCACAUAUGUGAACAGUCCAAUAUAAAGAAAACAGAAAACUGUAAGGUACUUAAAACAUACAAGCGCAAACGUUACUAAGCCUGUGCUUAAGUGUUUAUAGGGUUGGGGGCAUCGAAGAAAACACCUGUCCUGCCCUCCUUCCGUUAAUAAAAAUAUAGCUGGUGAGGUUACUUGAAUAAGCAUGGUCCUUCACAUGUGGCAGGGCCCGCUGGAGGAGAGUGGGAAAGCACGUGUAAUCUAUUUAAAACAAAGCUUGCUGGUGUCCUGUAGCUAACAUUUUGAGAUUUUAAUGUUUGUAAAACAAUCUGAAGCUGCUUAAAAUAAAUACUAAUGACUGCUUUUGCAUCUGUAUUCUAUUUCUGAAAGUUGGUGAGUAACUUUAAAAUUUCCAUUUGUGUGGGUAAACUUCAUAAAAUGUAGUUGUAUGUGACAGGUGGCAGAAAAACUGACUUGUUUUGAGCACAGUUUUCCUGGAUUUCCCUAUACUAAUUAUUUUUUUCCACUUCCCAAAUUCCAAUUAAUGUUUAUACAGUCUUUUAAAAAUAACUUUCAAAGAUCGAUUUCAAAUACCUUUGGAUUAAUAUUAAGUUGCUAGCUAGGGGAAAACCACUCCUGUUUGCAGAUGGUAGUUUUUAUUUAUGGCUCUGGUAGAAAACCUUACUGUAAGUCUAGGAAAUAUAGAAUUAUGUAGGACUGUAAGGUUGGCUAUACUUAGAGGGCUUUUAUUACCUCAGUGGGACCCACCUAACUUUUAUGUCAAUUCUGGGAACAGGUGAAAGGAAGAGUGAGCUAUGUUUUUAUUUUAAAUAUUUUUCCCUAUAUAUUGUUAUUUUUGUAGAUCUUUUUAAAAUAAAUUAUUAUAUGCUGGAGAUUGCAAUUCCGCUAUAGUAUCCCACUUGAUUCCAGUGUACAAUAUCAGAUUGUUUGUAUUGAAAAGAAUGUAUUUGAUAAGUAUUUGAUAAGUUAACAGGAAAAGUUAUUUUCAAACUGUGCCAUGUUUCUGUCUAGCAAUUGGAAAUACUUUUCCUAGAGAAAAUUAAAAUUAUAUAUAUAUGACCUCAUAUGUACAUUUGGAUUAACUGUCUAAUGAUUACCCCAAGGCUGCUAUAGACUUCUCUGAAUAAUUUAAGAAUUGCCUCUUUUUAACUGUUUUAAAGCCUUUUUUUCUUGUCUUUUUUUGGCAGAAAGUAAUUUUCCCUAGCUAUGGAUACAGUAUGCUCAGACUUGCAUAUGCGCUCUGUUCGGGUUUUAAACUGAAAAAAAUGUAUAAAAUGUGUAUAAAGAAAAGUGUAAAUAAAAUAUUUUUAAUCUUUAAA